AUGUUUACAUUUAAAUUAAUGCAUAUUAUAGCAUAUAUUUUUAAAAGAGAAGAUUUGCGUUCAGUUGCAUUUUAUAAACUUUUGGACAGUGAAAAUAUGAAAUCAAAAUUUAUCGAAGGUCAAUACUGUAGCAAUCUUUCUGGUAAUUUCAAUAAUAUAGAAGAUAUUAAAGCACUUUGUUCAAAUUACAUAACUUAUUUAAUAAAUCAAGCCCAAAUAUGGGAAAUAGUAAAUGACUAUAUUUUUGACCGUAAAAUUUUAACCUAUUGGAUAUUUGAAAAACUAUUUAGAACUCAUGGAAUGGAUCGUAAUAAAUGUAAUGAUGCAUUCGCUAAAAUUCAAGUCAUGUGGAGUGAUGUUUAUGACCAUAAAAUUCAUGCCAAUUCUUGUGAUAGGUUGUGCACGUACCUCAAUGGCAUAACUGAUGCAUAUGAGUAUUUUAAAGGUCGUUGUAAUCGUAGUAAUGAUUCUAUUUGUCCUGUUUCUGGGAUUACAUAUAAAAAUUACGAUCCACAAAUAUUGCUUGAGAAAGCUUUAUGUCCCCCAUACAAUCAGAAAACUCAUAAGGAUUUAAGUUUACCUGAAUCAGAAGAAUUGAUACAUUCCGGAGGAAAAAAAUUUCAUGAUAAUGCACUUAGCAAAAAUGGUUCUUCUGAGCAUCAUGAAUUAUCAAGUGUCGAAACGAAACCUCUAAGAACAUUUGUCAAUACUAUUUUAGGACUAUUUCUAACAUCUAUGUUAUUUGGUGUUUUAUAUAAAGUAAAUGAAAAUUACAAUAAUUUAUAUAAAUUCUAUAAAUAUCAUAACAGAUCACUUCUACAUAUAUACAUAUGUUAUAAAUUAAUAUAUUGCACAUGCACUUUAUUAUCCUUAAAUUUACAAGUUCACAUCCAUAGGCAGACAGUUUCAAAAUAA